GGAAAACUAAACCAAAAACACUUUAUUUCAGAUGAACAAGAUAAAAUUAUCUUUGGCAAGUAUUCAUACCAUAUUAGAGUCAAUGAUUUCAACCACAGUCUAAAGAAAUGUAGCUUGCCCAAUGGUCAGGAGGUUUUUGUACGAUCAGUAAUAGGGAUUGUAUCACAGUGGUACACUUUUGGUAGCGGCACCAGACUAGAUGUUGGAAGUAAGUAACAAGCUCACUUGAUAUUUAUUUCUGAUUACACUUAUUAAGUAUGUUAUUCUUACACUCUGUCUCUAUGAAAAUAUUUUGAUUCUAGAUUUUCAAAAUGUUUUAAUUGCUUUUGACUGACCCUUCUUUCUAAUACAAUUUUAUUGAAUCAAAAUAAUUUAAUUGUAGGUUUAUUUAUGUCUGAUUUGUAUGAUUGCAGACUAUAACUCUUAAUUCUGGUAUGAUUACUAUUUAAUAGCAUUGGAUAUAGUAGUCAUUAUUGUUGCAUUGAGUUCAUGGUAGCCUUCACUGUUAGUGUGAAGACAAAGGAUCUCAGUUAUGUUUGUAACAGACUUCAUGAUCUACCAUGGUUGAUAUGCGAUUAAAACUCAUCUAUGCUCAGAUUUUGCAAAUACUAUGAAUAUGGGAAGGCUAUUCUGACCAAGUCCAUUCCUAAACAAUAUCUGUAUGACAUGUAUAACUGACACCGUCUGACUAGUAACUCUAGUUAUUUAACCACUUUGGUUCAUGAAUCUGCUUUGUCUCAUAUUACUUUUAAACAAUCUAACUUUUACAUUCAUAUUUAGAAGGCAUUUCCAUUUUUCUUUAUUUUGAUAUGUCCUUUGCUGAAGAUAAUCUCUUACUGUAACUGUACUUGAUGUGGUCACUUAGUUGAUGUGUUCUGUUUGUUCCAGGUAACAGUUCCCCCACCCUCACCGUCCUGCCCCCCUCUAGUGAGGAGCUGUCCAGUACAACAACUGCCACACUGACGUGUCUGGCCAACAAGGGCUUCCCCUCAGACUGGACCAUGAGCUGGAAAGUGGACGGGACCAGCAAGAAGCAGGAGGCCAGUCCCGGGGUCCAGGAGAAGGACGGCCUGUACAGCUGGAGCAGCACACUGACUCUCACUGCCCAGGAGUGGACCAAGGCAGGAGAGGUGACCUGUGAAGCCCAGCAGAAAUCCCAGACUCCAGUCACCAAGACCCUGAGGAGGGCUGACUGUUCUGGG